AUGUCGUUUCUUUCAGGAGGAGCCGAGUGCUCGACCUCGAAUCCCAUGGGCCAGCUGAGCAAGCAUGCUCAACAAGACAACAGCCUCCAGCGGGAUCGCUUCGUCAACAAUGGCCCAGGCAGCUCUGCCCAGGGCUUCCGAACCAGCGCCGGCCCAAGCACCCCGGCCCUCGAUGGCCAGAUGAACGCUUUCAUGCAACAGAGCCCAAAUAUGCCGGAGAUGGCCUUCGACCGGUUACAAAGGCCAGGGCCUGGCGGUGGACAGCUUCAGAUUGAUCCUCCUCACCAGGGCGUCCACCUGCGGGCACAGUCUGCGUCGCCAUCGUUCUCGCCGUCCUUCUCUCCAGACGAGUUCGCAAAGUUCCAGCAGGCAAACCGCUCCAUCGCACAGAGGUCAAGCCCCGCACCACAACAGCAGUCCAUGGCAGUGUCGACCUACCAACGGCCGAUGAUGGGCAGUGGGAUCUACAGCCCCAUGUCAUCUAUGGGCAUGAUGCAGCAGCCUGGCAUGUACGGCGGCAUGCCCAUGUAUUCUCAACAAGCCCCGAUGCAGGCCGAUGUCAAAGGAAAAGGGAAAGCAGUCGAGACCGAGGAGUCAACACAGGAGCUGCAAAAGAGAUUCGAGGAGCAGUUCAACCUGCACGAGGAGGACGGAGUCGAGGAAAUCGAGCGGGAGCUCAACGCUAUGGACGAGAAGCUGGUGGAGUCUGAGACAGGAUUCGGGGACUUUGAGUCGAUAUGGAAGGGCAUACAGGAUAAUGAGGCGGCCAUGCGAGAUAUGCCGGAGCAGGACCUCGACAUCAAAUGGGGCGAUGGCCUGGACUCGUGGAACCCAGCCCGAGGCAUGUCGGCAGACCCUCUGAUCGAGGACUACAUGUUCGAGCAAGACAAUCUGUUCAAAGACCAGGCAAAUCCUUUCGAGGAGGGUGUACGGAUCAUGGACGAGGGUGGGAACCUGUCCUUGGCCGCACUGGCUUUCGAAGCCGCUGUUCAGAAAGAUGCAGGACACGUCGAAGCGUGGGCUCGCUUGGGCGCAGCACAAUCACAGAACGAGAAGGAAGACGCUGCUCUCCGCGCAUACCAGCGCGUCCUGCAGCUCGACUCCGGCAACCUCGACGCCCUCAUGGGUCUCGCAGUAUCAUACACAAACGAAGGCUACGACAGCACAGCAUACCGCACGCUAGAGCGCUGGCUCUCGGUCAAAUAUCCACAGGUGAUCUCACCAGACAAGCUGUCCGACCCAGCCGAGAUGGGCUUCACGGACCGCGCGGACCUACAUUCCAAGGUGACAGACCUGUUCAUCCAGGCAGCCCAACACGCCCCAGAUGGCGAGCACAUGGACCCGGACGUGCAGGUCGGGCUGGGCGUGCUGUUCUACGGAAGCGAGGACUUCGACAAGGCGGUCGACUGCUUCCAAGCCGCCCUUGCGAGCAGCGAGCUGGGCAUCGCCAACCAGCGGAACCAGCGACACCUCCUCUGGAACCGGCUCGGCGCCACUCUGGCCAACAGCGGGCAGAGCGAGCAGGCCAUCCACGCGUACGAGCAGGCCCUUGUCCUGCGGCCCAACUUCGUCCGCGCGCGGUACAACCUGGGCGUGAGUUGCAUGAACAUCGGCUGCUACGAACAAGCGGCCGGCCACCUGCUGUCGGCGCUCGACAUGCACAAGAUGGUGGAGAAGGCCGGGCGCGAGAAGGCGAGGGAGCUGCUGAGCGGCACUGGCGACGGCGGCGACGUCAGCGAGGAGCACCUGGACCGCAUGACGACGCAGAACCGUAGCACCACUCUCUACGACACGCUGCGGAGGGUGUUCACGCUCAUGAGCCGGCGCGACCUCAGCGAGAAGGUCGUCUUCGGCGUCGAUCCGGACGUGUUUCGCCCCGAGUUCGAGUUCUAG